AUGCGAGUAGCACCAUUCAGCACCUCGACGUGCCAUCUAGUCUGCCAGGUGCUCUUCGAUCUCGUGGCCGGGGCACGAAGCCCGGAGGAGGUGCUGCUGGACUUCAGCACCGAGUUCACCAAGCAGAACAGCUUGCAGGGUUGGAGAGUGGAGGUCGACGAGGACCUCUUCAACCACAUCAACGAGCUCGACGAAGCCGAUCGCGCAGAUGGCUUUGCUAGUGGGCUGCCACGCGGAAGGAGCACUUUGUCCCGGGAAGCUACGAAGAACCUGGGUCGAGGUCGGUCCGCCUCGCCGCGGUCGGGCUCCCCGCUGUUUCGUGGUGCAUCCCGGCGCCUGCAGGCUUGCAGGGCCUCGUCCCCGAGCCGUGUGGCCACUCGCACACCGACACCCGCCCAACGGUCGCCGUUGCAGCGCGUGGCGACGACCACGAGUCUGGUCAUCGGCGCACAAGCGACGACUGGCAAUGGGCCAUCGAGGCCUAUGCUCUUCAUCAACGAGCAGCACCCGCUUGCACACCUUCCAGAUCCCCUCGGUCGCGACGACUUCGUUGUCGAGCUUCGGAGGCGGCUGCGUGUCCCUCGGCUCUUUGGCAAAGAGGCCCGGGAGCACGGCGAGCGUGCAGGAGGCGCCGGCUUGGGCCAGGGCGAGCCGAUGUUGACGGUGGAGGAGUGCGAGGAUCUCUUCGAUGUCUUGCUUCAGAUGCAGAAGAUGGCCGGCACAGCCCACAGCAAUCCGGGGAGCUUGUCGUUCGGAUACUCCAUGGACGCCACUGUGGAAUCUUUUCUGGGGCUCUGCUCGCUCCGGAAAGCCAUGGAGCGCGGGACGCCGUCCCUCAAUGCCUUCCUGGGCAGCUUAGAAGUGCAGGAGAUGAAGUUGAUCGACCCCACAUUGAUGCGGCAGUUCUUGGUACAGGCUAGUCACAGGCUAGCAGGAGAAGGUGGUCUUCCAGGCACCGGCUGA